AUGACUGCCGUGGAGAAUCUGUUCGGGAUCAACCAAACUUACCUCGACAUGAAUGGUUCAUGGAGUUACACUCCACUACAUCGAGCAUGUAGGCGGGGUUACAUUGAUAUUGCCAAGCACCUUGUCAAGUGUAAAGCCAAGGUGGACAAGACUGAUUCGUAUGGUGGCCUUCCUGUUCAUCACGCUGCUGAGAAUGGACAUCUGGAAGUCGUCAAGUAUCUACUAGAUGUCCAGCCCGACAUGGUCUCCGUAGAGACCACAAACGGUUCCCUUCCUGUUCAUCGCGCUGCUUACAACGGACAUCUGGACGUGGUCAAGUAUCUAGUAGAUCUCCAACCCGACACGGUCUCCGUAAAGAACAAAGACGGUGCCCUUCCCGUUCAUUACGCUUCUCAGGGUGGACGUCUGGAAGUCGUCAAGUAUCUACUAGAUCUCCAACCCUACACAGUUUCCGUGAAGGGAAUUGACGGUGACCUUCCUGUUCAUUACGCUGCUAUGGAGGGACAUCUGGACACGGUCAAGUAUCUACUAAAUCACCAACCCUACACAGUUUCCGUGAAGAACACAAAUGGGAGAACUCCUCUUAGUGAAGCAGUGUACUGUGGGGGAGCAGAUUGUGUACCCUACUUGCUGGAAGUCACCUGGAUCAAGCUAGCAUAUGAUGAGGCAAAGGAGAUUGUGGAGGAAGCCAGAAGGAUAGCUCAAACCCGCGGAGAACCGCAAGCAUUGGACUUGAUUAAGACCAGCUUGAUACGUGAAGAGUUUGGUGUUGAGGGUUACACUGAUCCUACUGAACUGAUUGCCAACGUGUGUGGAGCAGAAGGUUCAGGAAAAUCUACCUUCAUUUCAUCCUUCACAGCAGAAGGUUUCUUCAAUAAACUACUACGUCAGGAGAAUCAACUGGACCUGAAGGCAAAAGAUUUAGCAUCCCGAACAAAGGGAAUUGAAGAAACCAUUUACAACCAAUCGCAGGUGAAGGUGCAUUUUCGCGACUUUGCUGGUCAAGAACAUUAUACCGAGUCACAUGACAUAUUCACGGUUGCCAUGACAGCACCAUCUGUUGCCGCAAUAGUGGUGGACGGCACAGAGUGUGUUGAUGAGAUCACACAGACUGUCGGUGCAACUGCCGCCAAUAUAGUUUGUCGCCUGUCUGCACCUGAUCAUGGUUCUCUACCGACUGUGCAACAAGAACAAGAACAGCAGCAGCGGCACCACCACCACCAGGAAGAUCUGCAACAGGCGGAGAAACUUGAUGUCAUCGCAAUUGCCACACGAGCUGACCAGCUAACACCAGAAAAGCGCAUUGAAGUGGAGAAGGCCAUAAGGAGGGGAAUGAAAUCAUUCUCUCAGCGCUUGGAUCUCUCCAUUGUGAGAGUAGUGGACGCUAGAAAGUCCAACAGUUCCAGCAUGAAUGAUCUAAGAAGUGAAUUCAUGCACUUGAUCAAUCGAGUGUUGGCGAAGUCCCCAAAGCAACCGCGUUUGCUGCAGAAGGCUCGGAAGCAUUUGGAUGAGGUUCAGGCAUCGAUGCCCAAUCCAUACUGUUCAAGAGCCGAGUUUGUUGCGGCAUUCAAGAAGGCAAUCCAAGGAACCAAAGAGGCACUGCCGAAACGACUCACUGAGCAGAUCGACAGCUUUCUACGCGUCCUGACUGCUUACGGAUAUGUCAUCACAUUCCCAGAGCUGAAUGAUCUGGUGGUUCAUCAGCCUCGCUGGCUCCUGCAGGACGUGAUCGGGUUUAUGUACUCGUCCAACGUCUUCCCCCACCGCCCUGAUGGCAUUGCCAGGGAAUACAAGAUGAGUGAAGAGGAGUUCGUCCGUUCACUGACUGCCUUCACCAAAGUCGGUGAGAAAGCUCCGCUCUGCGUGCGUAUGGUUCUACAGCUCGGCUUGUCCAUCCGCUAUCAGAAGGAUAUCCUUGCUCUCUCCCUGUUUCCCGAGUGCACACAGCCAUUGAAGGUGCACAGAGCCUUCAUGACCUCACAAGUGAUGGUAGGUUCUGUGUAUACCUGCAAUGGCUGUGUGCCAUUCUCAUCUGGUCUCAUUGUUCAAUGCCAAGCACGUGUAUACGACUACUCCGCCUGCUUUUUCGCCAGUACUGAUCCCAUGUUCUUCAAGAACACCAUCAUUGUCCACCCGUAUCCGCACACAACAGCGCUGAUUGUGUUUUCGUCCGACCGUCAGCGCUGUUGUAUUGCAGUGACGUCCAGUUGCGGUACGUACCUGCCAGUGGUUCACCACGUUCACUGGUUAUUUCAAGAUCUUUUCCUUGACCUACUGAAGAGAUACAGUCGUGGUACUUCGGUAGAGCCCACAGUACUCAGCCUGUGCAGCAUGCGUCAGCUUAUCCAGCAAUCCGCUUCACCAGCUGCCAUCUGUCCAGUGGUUGCUUCCUACUCGUCCGAAGCCGUCAUUCUUGCCGCAAGCAGUGUGCAAAGCAAAGAUGUCAAGGACGCCAGCGGCGUGUUCGUUGACUCGGUGCAGGAUCUUCAUCACGUUCCUGCCACGCAUGUCAGUAUGCUUCCUGCCACAUGUACUGAUCGCCUGGAGAGUCUGCGAGAUUCCGCAUUCCUUAGCGAUCUCCAAUCAAGCCUAGAUGUGAGUGAGAGGGAAAUCAGCCGACUUGGUGGCCCCCAAUCAGUGUCGCCCGCUGGACCCAGUCGGCUGAAUGCCUCGCUGGUGUUGUUGGCAUGGUGCCGACAAUCUCAUCGUCACACAUCUACUGUGCUAUACAGCAGGUUAGCUCAGCACUGCUUUUCUUCGCCAUUCUCCGUUUUCUACCGAGAGAUCUGCAGGAUGAUGGUGGAGAAUGAGAACAUGCUGAUGGAAGCAUUCCCGGACAUCAUCACCUAUGAACAGCGGCAGUUGAAGGAGCAAGAACGUCUUCGUUGUCAGGCCGACAAUGUUCCAUUGGCGGAUGAUUGGUUCUCGACUGCACCCAAUACGGCAUUCCUGGGCCAGAAUCCCUGCGUGGGAAUGCUACGAUCUCACCUCCAUGCAAUGCGUGUUACGGAUAAGCUGAUCGUGGACUCCGAUCACUACACUCUGGUCCAGGAAGCUGAGGUAGCAGCAGAGUUGCUCACAUCAACAGUAGCACCAGCAGCAGUAGCACCGGCACCAGCAGCAGCAGCAACAGCAGCAGCACCAGCAACAGCAGCAGCACCAGCAGCACCGGCAGCAGCAACAGCAGCAGCACCAGCAGCAGCACCAGCAGCAGCAGCACCACCAGCACCAGCAGCAGCAGUACCAGCACCAGCAGCAACAGCAGCACCAGCAGCAGCAACAGCAGCACCACCAGCAGCAGCGCCAGCACCAGCAGGAGCACCAGCAGCAGCAGCAGCACCGGCACCAGCACAAGCAGCAACAGCAGCAGCACCAGUAGGAGCACCAGCAGCACCACCACCAGCAGCACCAGCAUCACCACUGACUGUAGCAGAGAGUGAAGCUGAUCCAUUUGAGGAUGACUCAUUCACCGCACAUAUACUGCCAAAGUUGUACAAGAUAUCUUGUGAUGUACUGCGGCAAAGCGUUCAGGCACAAGGACUCCUGAGUGGUUUUGAUACCCUUCGGGAACUAAAGCGUGCUGAACAAUAUGAAGGUGUAGAGAGUCAUCACCUGAAGUUGAUUGGAUACAUCCGUGCUGGAGAGCGAGAUGCAUACAGAAAGCUGUGUGCAGCAGUGGGAAACCUCAACUUGCAAGAUCUGCACAACACCAUGCUAAGGCUACUAUAGUAGGAAGUCUAGUCAUGAUGUGAUUGUGCAAGACUGCUUUCUCCCAGCACUCCAUGUACAUCACUGUUCAGAUUGUGCAAGACUGCAUUCUCCCAGCACUCCAUGUACAUCACAACAGUCAUACUCACACAGCGGACAGAACUCGUUGCCCGUGUCCCGGUAUGCUUGUUUGUGUCGUUCUUCCCCUGCCACUGCUCUGCCCUAUGCAACGUGUGUUCUUUUUCCUCAUCUACACAUGUAUCAUAUUGUAUUCUUGAGUUGCUUGCUCACCAGUUGUGGAUAUGCUCCAUAUGUACUGUAUUCUUUUGAAGGUGACCGUCCUUGAGAAUAUUUUCUCAAACAGCAGCUCCACCACCUCUGCACCCACCCCCCUCCCCAUCUUCCCUCCUCUCUCCCAAUCCCACACGCGCACACGCGAGCAUGUGCGCACAUACAUAAUUUGUUCUAUUGGUUGCUGUCCUUGCCAAGACUGCUGGUAUGUUUCCAUCGACUGUGUUUUUUUGCUAAUACAUGUACAUUGUAUACAUAAAUGCAUGUACAUGUAUACAUAAAAUGUUCCUACUAUCUAAAAUUCAAUUUGGUUUCCUCUAGAGCAUUUUUUUUUGGUCUUAUUUCUUUCCAGCUACAUCUCUACAUAAAUGUCCCUAAUCUUUAAAAUUCAUUUUGGCUUGCUCUAACGCACCUCUCUAUUUGCUGUGACAAUUGCACAGUAUUCUUUUCAUUUUUCACUUGACUUUGUUCACAUUUUUGCAUUUGCCCACAUACAUAAUUUGUUAUAAUUGUUUGCUGUGCUCGCCAAGACUGCUGGUAUGUUUCCAUCGACUGUGUUUUUUGAAUAUUUUCUCAAACAGCAACUCCCCCACCUCUGUCCCCACCCUCCUCUCUUCCAAUCCCACACGCGAGCACGUGCGCGCAUACAUAUCUUGUUAUAUUGUUUGCUGUGCUUGCCAAGACUGCUGGUAUGUUUGCUAAUACAUAUACAUGCCUGUACAUGUAUACAUAACAUGUUCCUACUCUUGAAAAUUCAAUUUGGCUUACUCUAGAGCACCUUUCUUUUGUUCUUAUUUUUUGCUGCUACAUCUGACAGUCAUGUGUACAUAAAUGUCCCUAGUCUUUAAAAAUCAUUAUGGCUUGCCAUAACGCACCUCUCUAUUUGCUGUGACAAUUGCACAGUAUUCUUUUCAUUUUUCACUUGACUUUGUUCACAUUUUUGCUUCCGCUGAGACUUCUGUUGACCCUGUAUUGAACUUGGCAGCUGAACUUCAUCUCCUUUCCUUGUUUUUUUUAAAUGCCUGAACAGAUCAUGACUUUUGUCACUUCUCCA